AUGAGGAACAGCUCUAUUCAUGGUAUUAUUCCACCUGUAUGUGAUCGUGGAUGCAAAUUGAAGAUGAUUGAUCUAAGCCAAAAUCAAUUCGAAGGGCCUUUACCACGGUUUCUGUCUAAUUGUACGAUGCUUGAGUUCAUCAAUCUAGGGGACAACAGACUGAAUGAUGUUUUUCCUUCUUGGUAUGGAACUCUUCCAGAGCUAAGAGUUCUUGUAUUAAGAUCAAAUCGUCUCUACGGAGUUAUAAAGAAGCUUGGUUCCAAUUAUGAGUUCCCCAAUUUGCGCAUCGCGGAUCUCUCUGACAACAGUUUCACUGGUAUUUUGCCAUCUGGAUACUUCAAAAUAUGGAAUUCCAUGAAAGGUAUUAAUGCUACUAAUUCAUCAUACAUUAUGGAAAGCUCAAAUAUCCAUUCAAAGCAAGUUCAUUGGAAUUUUGGAUUUAAUUACUCGGUCACCAUAACAAACAAAGGUACAAUCAUGGACUAUAAAAAGAUCCGAGAAAAUUUUGGAUUGAUUGAUCUUUCCAGAAAUAAAUUUGAAGGAGGGAUUCCAGAAUGCAUUGGGAACUUAUCUGGGAUUCAUGCUCUCAACCUUUCCCACAACAAUUUAAGUGGUUGCAUCCCAUCAUCCUUGGGGAACAUAAGAGAACUUGAGUCAUUGGAUCUUUCACAAAACAAGCUCUCAGGGGAGAUUCCUCAACAACUCGCACAACUUACAUUUCUUUCGGUCUUCAACGUCUCUCAUAACUUUCUAGGGGGACCUAUUCCAACUGGUCACCAGUUUGAUACAUUUGAAAUCAAUUCAUAUGAGGGAAAUUUGGAGUUAUGUGGUGAUCCAUUGCCAAACAAGUGUAACAAUUCUGAUACCUCCUCCCACCCACCAAAUUCACCGAAUCCUGAAGAAGAUCAAGAUUCAAGGAGUCUAUUUGAAUUGGAUUGGAAAUUUGUUGUGAUUGGUUAUUGUAGUGGAGCAGUGGUCGGAAUGAUUAUUGGGCAUUUUGUCAUAAAAAAGAAUCCCUUCUGGUUUUUCAUGACUUUUGGCUUGAGGCAACACAAUGGAAGGAGGAGGAGAAGGAGGAGGACAUAA